GUUAGUAGUUCUAUUCAUAGAAUAGACUAAUAGACUACUAAAAACAUCAAUAAUUCCAAUCCAAUUCCAGUAUUACUAGUCUCGAAUUAAUUGAAAACAAAAAUGGAUAAUUUAAAACAAAGGUUUGAUAAAGAAGCUGUAAUAUAUUCCAACGAAUGUGCCACAAAUGAUGAUAAAAUUAAGAUAAAGACUGAAGAUAUUGAUAUUUCCGAACAGUUUUUGGAUACAAAAGGAAUUUUUUAUGAAAGAAUUGAUGAAAUAGAACAAAUUGGUAAACAAGAAAUAGAUAUUUUAACUGAAAAUGAAUGUAAUUCAGAAUAUGCAUUGGAAUCCUAUAACUUGGAAAAUGACAUAGAUGUUCCAAGUAAAUCAGUUAUGGAAAAUAAUCUCAAGAAAAAACAUAAAUGUCACACAUGUGACUAUAUUACCAAAAGCAAACACUAUCUUGACAAGCAUAUAAAUUCUGUACAUUUGAAUGUAAAACACUAUAAAUGUCCAUUGUGUGACUAUGCUUCAAAUUUCAUAAGUGAUCUCAAGAAACACAAUAAAUGUAUUCAUUUAAAUUUGAAAGAGCAUAAAUGUCACUUAUGUGAUUAUGCUACAAAUUUGAAAAGAAAUCUCAAAACCCAUGUGGAAUCUAAUCAUUUGAAAUUAAAAAAAUAUAUAUGUCAUUUAUGCGACUAUGCUACAAAUUACAAAUGUGAUCUUAAGAAACAUAAUAAAUGUAUUCAUUUAAAUUUGAAAGAACAUAAAUGUCACUUUUGUGAUUACGCUGCAAAUUUGAAAAAAACUCUCCAAAACCAUGUAGAUUCUAUUCAUUUGAAAUUGAAAAACCAUAAGUGUCAUUCUUGUGACUAUUCCACUAACAUCAAAACAGAUCUCAAAACCCAUAUAGAUUGUGUUCAUGCGAAUCUCAAAGAAUAUAAGUGUUACUUAUGUGACUAUGCUGCUAAUGUUAAAAGUGGUCUAAAAAUUCAUAUAAAAUCUAUUCAUUUCAAUGUCAAGGAGCAUAAGUGCCACUUAUGUGAUUAUGCUUCCAACAGCAAAUCGCAUGUAAAAAGCCAUAUUGAUUCUGUCCAUUUGAACCUAAGGCAGCAUAAAUGUUCUUCAUGUGAUUUUACUUCUAACUCUAAAGGUCAUCUUAGAAAUCAUAUUGAUUAUGUUCAUUUAAAUUUGCAGAAGGAGCAUAAGUGUCACAUAUGUACCUUUGCUACAAGCUUUGAAAGCCAUCUCAAAAGUCAUAUAGAAUCUGUCCAUUUGAAGUUGAAAAAAUUUCAAUGUGACUUAUGUGAUUUUGCAGCUAAUAAAAAAAGUCAUCUUGAAAGACAUGUGAAUUCUGUCCAUUUGAAUUUAAAGCAACAUAAGUGCCAUUUAUGUGAUUUUUCUUCUAAUAGAAAGUUUGAACUGAAAUGUCAUAUUGAUUCGAUUCAUUUGAAUAUUAAAAAACAUAAAUGUCACAUAUGUGACUACGCUACAAACAUUAAAAGACGUCUUAAAAGUCAUAUAGAUAGCAUUCAUUCAAAUCAAAAGGAACAAUAAUAACAUUUGUGUUAUUAUGUUGCCAAUUGUGGAAAAUACUGUUUAAAUUCAUAUGAUAACUGUUUAUUUCAAUAUGAAGAAACUUGAGUACCACUUAUGUGAUAUUAAGACCAAUGUGAAAAUAUGUAUAGUUUCAUAUUUUGACUAAGAGUCAAAAUUGAAAUAAUGAAUAUAUGUAUAAUAAAAAAUUCAAUUUGCCCUAAAUUUAAAAAUAUUAUCUAUGCUUUCUCAUCCCUCGUUCCUAAAAAAUUAGCCCUUAACCAAAUGUUAUU